AAACCUUCGUAGGGGCAUCUUUAUAUACAACACAAUCAAAAAAAAUCACCAACAUCUGCAUUUACGUCAUGCAUCCUUGUGUUUUUAUAGUUUUCUCACUUUUCUUGCUAUGCCUACAGAAUACAACUGCAAACCAAUUGGUAACACUGAGAGGAGGAGGAGAUGCUAAUGGUGUUAUCAGAAACAAGUGUUUGGAUAAGGAGAGAGAUGCUCUCCUUCAAUUCAAAGCAAACCUUCAUGACCCUGAUGGUAGUCUCUCUACGUGGAGACCUGAAGAUGAUGACUGCUGUGCAUGGGAAGGAGUCUGGUGCGACAGCCAAACAGGUCAUCAUGUCACAGAUCUUUAUUUGUCCGAUGCUGGUCUUGUAGGUGAGAUUAGCCAUUCGUUGGUUAACUUAACCUACUUGAAUUGUCUUGAUCUUUCCUCCAAUUCUUUUCAUGGAACCAUUCCCAUGUUCAUUGGUUCCUUGACCGAAUUAAGGUACCUUGACCUCUCAGGUAACUCUUUUUAUGGAAUCAUUCCUCCAGAGUUUGGAAACCUCACAAAAUUGCAGCGGCUUUCCCUUCAAGAUGUUGGAAGAUGUAGAGUUGAAAACCCACAGUGGUUGUCUUCUUUAUCUCACUUGAAGGAACUUGAAGUGGAUGGGAUUUCCCUUGCCAAAGCAAACCAGUGGGUAAAUGUGAUUUUGAAUCUACCAAAACUAUCAGAUUUAAGUUUAGAUGGAUGUGAGCUGUCACAGGUCAUGUAUCCAUAUUCUUCUUCAUUUCUCAACUCUUCUUCCUCAUCUAUUGAAUUCCUUUCUCUCAGAAACAACAAUCUCACCUCAUCCAUGUAUCAUUGGAUGUUCCCAUUAACAAGCAAUAAGCUUCGCUUUCUUGAUCUGUCUAGCAACAUGUUGGAUGGGAUACCCAAAUAUCUUGGUAACCUCUGUAGUUUGGAAACUUUGUACUUCAAUAACAACUCUGCUGUUGUCAAAGUUCCUGAUUUUCUUAACAACUUGUCGUCUGGAUGCUCAUUCCUAACAUUUCAAGACUUGUCUAUUCGAAGAAGCCAAUUUACAGGGUCAUUGUCUGAUGAGAUCCAAAAGUUUUCAUCCCUAUCGUUUCUGGAUCUAUCAGAUAAUCAAAUAAAUGGAGCCAUAAGCGAGAAAUUGUGGGAACUACCCUUGCUUGAAAAGAUUGACCUUUCUCAAAAUCAUCUUAGUGGUACCAUCUCUAAAAACAUUGGAAAGUCUAAGGCUCUUUAUAUAAAUCUUUCAAAAAACCCACUCCAAGGAGUUCCUUCCACAGAUCAUAUGUCAAACCUUUCUUAUGUAAAGCAUAUUGAUCUGCGUUCUUGCAAGCUAGGGCCUCACUUCCCCAUAUGGAUGAAAAAACUGGAAAAUCUUACCCGUCUUGAUAUUUCCAAUACUAGUAUUUCAGACACAGUUCCUCCAGAGUUUUGGAAAAUGAAAUUCGACUAUUUGAAUCUUUCUUCCAACAAUAUCAGUGGGAAAAUACCAGAUUUAUCAUUAAUUCUUGGAUACACUCCAGCGAUGGAUUUGAGUUCCAACAACUUUGAUGGUCCAAUCCCGCACCUUCCUUCCAGUUUGACAUCAUUAAAUCUUUCCAGAAACAAAUUCUCUGGAGGUAUCUCCUUCUUAUGCCAAAUUGUCGACGGGUUAUUGGAAUUUCUUGACAUCUCCCAUAACUCUCUAACCGGACAACUUCCAGACUGUUUGUGGCACUUCAAAGAACUAAAAAUUCUUAAUCUAGGACACAACAAUCUAUCUGGAAGGCUUCCUCCCUCUAUUAGAUCUUUGAUAGAACUGGAGGUGUUGUAUUUAUACAAGAACAACUUCUCCGGAGAAUUGCCAUUGUCUCUAAAGAAUUGCACCAAGUUAAACUUCUUGGAUUUGGGGGCCAACAGAUUCUCUGGUAAUGUGCCUGCUUGGAUCGGGGAAAACUUAUCGGGAUUGUAUGGUCUUAUCCUAAGAUCAAACAACUUCUUCGGAACCAUCCCUUUACAAUUAUGUCAGUUACCAAAUCUUCAAAUUUUAGAUUUUUCUAGGAACAAUCUCCAUGGAAGCAUCCCCUCAUGUUUGAGUAAUCUUACAAGAAUGGCUCAAGAAGGAUUCUUACCGCCACCAAAUGUGCAUCCUUAUGCAUUUCGAUUUGCAAACUUUGCAAAAUUUAAUCUUCCAUAUCCGAAUGAAGAGGAGUAUGUUGACCAUGCGAUGAUCGAGUGGCAAGGAGAUGAGCGUGAAUUCACCCAUAAUCUGGGAUUGUUGAAGAGCAUUGACCUCUCAAGCAACAAUUUAACAGGAAACAUCCCACAUGAACUCACCAAUCUUCAUGAACUGCUUGCCCUCAACUUGUCAAAAAACGCUCUACUUGGAGAGAUUCCACAGAAAAUUGGUCAGAUGAAAAAGCUUUUAACUUUGGAUAUAUCUAGAAAUAAUCUAUCAGGAGGGAUACCAUCAAGCAUGUGUCAGAUGACUUUUUUGGGUUACCUAAAUGUGUCAUCUAAUAACUUGUCAGGUAGAAUCCCAUCUAGCACUCAACUCCAGUCGUUUCAACCUUCAAGCUACGAUGGAAAUGCAGGACUGUGUGGACCUCCUCUUUUUAGAAAAUGUACAGGAGAUGAAGAAUCACAAGUACCAUCAGUUGUUUGUAAAAGUGAGGGUGAUGAAGAUUGGAGAUGGUUCUAUAUCAGUGGGGCUGCUGGUUUUGUUACUGGCUUUUGGAUAGCAUGUGGAACUCUACUUCUCAACCAUCGUGGGAGACGUGCAUUUUUUCACUUUUAUGAUAGCUUCAGGGAUUGGGUUUAUCAGGAGGUGGUGGUGUUCAUUACAAAAUUGCGGAGGAUUGAACGUAUGUGAUUGUCUAUAUUUAAUUAUUCUUUCCUGUUUUGUAUGUUUGCUUCAUAAACCUAUUAGUGUUCUUAGUUCGGACUAGAGGUAUGGUAAUGUAAGAUCCAUUGUUUUAAAACUCUUCAGAAGCGUAAGCCUUGAGGUGAACCGUAGAUGAAUCAGUAGAGGCGGUACGUUUUUCAGAAGCGUACGCCUUGAUUUUUAGCCAAAUUUGACUUAUUUUGACUUUUUCUUUUCCAAUCCCACCUGGUCUUCUUCUCA